CAAACACAGAUUUUGUUUCAUACAAUUUGUACAUUUGAGCAGAUUUAAUAUUUAACUGGACAUUUCGUACGAGUAAAAGAUGUAUCCAGAAUGAGUACAACGUGUUCCCUCAGCGUGAUUCUGUGGCUGCAGCUUUGUGUUUACACAUUUGUAGAAAGCAACUACCUAGAUGUAAGUGAUAUCAGACUGGUUGGUGGGAGUGGACCUUUCGGCGGACGUGUAGAGAUUCAGAUAGAUGGAGUCUGGGGUACUGUGUGUGACCGGGACUUCCACAUUAAUGAUGCCACAGUGAUGUGCAGGAUGAUGGGUCUUCUACCAACUGGAUUUAUGCCAGGAGCCCAUUUCGGGCAAGGUAGCGGACCAAUAUUUGCUCAAGAGUUCAAUUGCUAUGGCUAUGAGACUGAUAUUGGGUCUUGUACGUUUGAAUCUAACGUAUUUUGUACUCACUCUGGAGAUGUCGGUGUUAUUUGUUCAGAAUGUGGAGACAUUGCAAUUAGAAAUGGCGAAAUGAAUGCAAUAUCCGCUGAUGGGUCUAUACUGACAAUAACAUGUGACGGCGGUUAUGAAACUGAUAAAAACACGAGUAUUUGUCUUAACGGGAGUUGGUCUCCGUCGUCUUUGAUGUGCACACAGAUUGGCUUCCCCUUAAAUAUAUCGGAUAUACGAUUCGGAAAUGGGGUCGGGAUCGCAGAUGGAAGAGUAGAAAUUCUUGUUAACGACACCUGGGGAACAGUAUGUAGCAAUGGAAUUUAUUUUGACGAGGCUACAGUUAUAUGCAACAUGCUCGGAUUCACUGAAGUCUACACUUAUUAUCGCUACUACUAUUAUGGCUAUGGGCAAGGUACAGGACCGGUGUACUUGGCCAAUUUGGAAUGCAAUGGAACAGAAACACACAUCAAUAAUUGCGUCUACGACAUUGCUCAUUCAUGUAGCCACUUCUAUGACAUCGCAGUUGUUUGCAGACACUCAUUGAACGUUACGGAUAUACGUCUGGUAGAUGGGACAGGUCCGUACGAUGGUCGUGUUGAAGUAUACAGCAAUGACAUUUGGGGAACGGCUUGCGAUAAAAACUACGAUUUGGAAGAAAUGGAAAUAUUUUGCAAGAUGCUUGAUCUGAACUUUACAGAAUUUUUCACGACUCCCCUGUAUGGACAAGGAGACGGUCCCAUUCUUAUUGGAAAUCUAUAUUGUACUGGUCUUGAAGAGGACGUCAACAAUUGCACAUAUUAUCCUCCAACUAGAAGAUAUUGCAACCACAAUUAUGAUUUGACAUUAGUCUGCACUCCAUGUGGAAAAAUCCCACAAGGAUAUAUGGAUACAAUCAAUGGCUCUGAAAUUACCGCGAAAUGCAACGAAGGAUAUCAACCCGAAUACUAUAAAUUGACGUGCUUAAGUAAUGGAAGCUGGAUUCAAGAAGAAACAUGUACAUCAAAAUAUGCUUAUCCUCUUGAUAUUGACGAUAUAAGACUGGCAUACUCAUACAUACCUUCAGAGGGGCGUGUUGAAAUUUUGGUAGACGGGGUAUGGGGUACAAUCUGCGACAAUAACUUCAACAUUAAAAGUGCAAACGUUACUUGUCAUAUGUUCGGACUGCAGGUCGUACGGUAUUACACAAAUGCUGCCGGUUAUGGUCAAGGUAGUGGUCCUGUCUACAUAGACAACUUAAGCUGUACUGGAUUGGAAUCUCACGUUAACAACUGCACUUAUGACGUUGCAAACACGUGUACACAUAGUGAUGACGUAUCCGUUGUCUGUACAGGAUACCAGCUAGACAUUACAAACAUUCGCUUAGCAGGAACAUCGGGACCUUAUCAUGGACGUGUUGAAUUGGAAGUCAGUGAUACUUGGGGAACAGUGGGAGAUGAUUAUUUUGGGACAUACGAGGGACGGGCAGUUUGUCGUAUGCUUGGGCUGGAAUUUGAAUCACGCCGCAUUGGAGCAUAUUAUGGACAAGGCUCUGGACCAGUACUAGUUGAUCGGCUCGAUUGCCCUUAUUCAGCAACGCAUAUAAAUCAAUGUAGAUAUUCGGUAGACAACUAUUUUAACACGCAACAUUAUGAAGAUGUCUCUGUCACUUGCUGGGGGCCUUCGCUUAAUAUAACAGAAGCAAGACUUGUAAAUGGGACUGGUGCAUAUGACGGGCGUGCUGAGAUAAAAGUUAAUGGGACUUGGGGAACUAUCUGUGACAAUAAUUUUGAUAUAUUAGCGGCAGACUUAUUUUGUAAUAUGCUUGGACUGAGAGCUGCGAGAUAUUUUACUGGUGCUUUGUAUGGAGAAGGCAGUGGACCAGUAUUCAUUGACCAGCUACACUGUGACCAGUAUGACGCAGAUUUAAGUAGCUGCCAGUAUUUAUUUCUAAAUGAGUGCACACAUGACAGAGAUAUUUCUGUUGUCUGCAAUGAAUGUGGACAGCCAGACAUCUACUACUGGGACAUUGGUUACUUCAGUUACAAAGGCUCCGUCUUGUAUGCUGAUUGCUCUUACUACAAAACCUACGUAGGUACAUUGCAACUAACAUGUGACAACGAAACACAAACUUGGAUAAAGGAGGGCGAAUGCCAGGAAUAUGGUUUUCCUUUGAAUAUAACUGAAAUAAGGCUUGUUGAUGGACUAAAUUCUACAGAUGGAAGGGUCGAGAUUAUGUCUUUUGAUACUUGGGGAACAAUAUGUGAUCAUUCUUUCGGACUGGAAGAAGCAAACACUAUAUGCAGCAUGAUAGGUUACCCCCCCGCUGUUAAGUACUACACCUCGGCAUAUUAUGGCGAAGGAACUGGACCCAUAUUUGUGGACGACCUAAUCUGUGGAGAAAAUACGUCACAUAUUAACAAUUGUACCUACAAUACAUAUGACAACUGCGACCAUGGGGACGAUAUAUCUGUUGUUUGCACAGAAUGUGCCGAACUGGUAAUAGACAACGGAUUCGGCAACUCCUCAGCGACCAAUUACGGUGCCAUCGUAGAGGUUUAUUGCGACAGGAAUUAUAAAGUGGUUGGAGACUCUAUUAUCAUCUGCCAGAUGAAUGGCACAUGGAGUGACAAUCCAACAUGUGCAAUCAUUGAUUGUGGAGAUCCAACACCGGAGCACGGCUUUAGUAACGCAUCUACCACUAUUAAUGGAACAACAGUCUCUAUCGGGUGCAACGAGGGGUAUUAUAUGGUUGGUGAUGACAUAAUCAGUUGUCAGGAAAAUGAAACCUGGACAGAUGAUUCGAUUUGCAAAGUUAAAGAUUGUGGUUACCCUAGUGCACCAUAUGCAGACAUGUCCUUAUCUGACAACAAAACAACAUACGGGGAAACAGUUCUUGUAACUUGCUGGACUGGAUAUACCUUGUCCGGUAGUUCUACUGUGAAGUGCUUAUCAAACGGAAGUUGGGAAAUGAUGCCGACUUGUACAAUUGAGGACUGCGGUGAUCCUACUCCAGUCAAAGGUUCAGUAGACAGAAAUGAAACAACAUUUGGUUCUGUUGUUGAGGUAACAUGUGACCCUGGAUAUAACAUAUCUGGAAACUCAACAAUAGUUUGAGAAGAAGAUGGAACAUGGUCCGCUGACCCAGUCUGUGAUGCAACAGAUUGCGGUAUACUCUCAGUACCAAAUGCUGAUGUUAACUAUUCUCAAGGGACUACUAUUGGAUCUGUUGCCACUAUUGUGUGUGAUAAAGGUUACGACAUAAAAGGCUCAUCACUAGGAAUAUGUUUAGACACUGACACUCGCGCCAGAUGGAACUUUUCUGCUAAUUGUGAAAUACAAGUGUGUGAUGACCCUACACCUGUAAAUGGGCGCAUAUUUCAAACUGACGGAACAGAUAUGUAUGUGUUUCAAAAUUACGUUGAAAUAGAAUGCAAAACUGGGUAUGAACUUCAAGGAGAUAGUGUGAUCACUUGUGACGCUGGAAGUGUUUGGAGUGAUAACACAACCUGUGUGAAAAUUGAUUGUGGAUCCCUCACUACACCUUUGAAUGGAAACAUGGACGCUUCACUAGGGACAAAGUACAAUGCUGCAGUUUCAUUCACUUGUAAAGAAGGAUUUCUGCUAAGUGGUGAAGAAACGACUUUAUGUGGAGAAAAUGGGGAGUGGAGUUAUGAGGCACCAACUUGUGUUGCAAAAUCCGAUGUCGGGGAAAACUGCAUUGAUAAAAAUUACUGUUUAUAUGAGGAUUCAAGAUGCAUAGAGUUUGUUUGCACAUGUAUCACAGGGAUUUAUGACACUCGCACAAAGAAAUGUGAUACAAUGCCAUUACUGCCAUUUGGUGCAGAGGUUGGUGAUCUUGCCAUACCAAAGCGAAGUUUCUGUGGACCAAAAUUACAUUUGACUUAGGCUUUCCAGUUUUUGACAAAAUGCACACCGAUUUGUAUGUGUGCACAUUUGGGUAUGUUAGCUUCGAUAAUCAAUUCAGCAACCCAACGCCUCCAAGAAACAAGAACACUUUACGGAACCUUCAGAGGAGGGUGUUACUUGCACCAUUUUACGGACCAAUAGAUAGGCGAAAAUCAGGAGAGGUGCUCUAUC